UUUCGAAGCCAAUUCUACCGUCAUUUCUGGAUGCGUCGACGGCUUCGACCGUGGUUCAAAGCGUUCCAUCAUGGUUUCAACGAAGCUAUCGUCUGAGGGCAGUCCGCGACUCUCCUUCACGCGUCAAAACUUCAUAGUUCUAAAAAUACCGGCGAAAACAACCAGCACGAAGAUCAAUCGAUUGGGCGCUGAUCGCGGGUGUCAACAUUCUAACAUUGUCGGAUGUAUCGACCAGAUUAAUGCAUGUGUCCUAUAGCAUCGGACUAUGUUUCAUGGUUUUGUUUCACCGCAAUAGACUCACAUGAAGACAGAGAAACGAACUUAGCACUGGCGAGCAAGGGGCACACUUCUCAUGCCAUGGGGAAUCCUUGGCUCGGUUGCUGUUUAUUGGAUGCUGCACAUGAGCAAACUUUGCCGAUUCCAACCACUACUGCCCCCUUAGGAAUCGCCAUCCAGGCCAUGCCGUCUGCCACAAUGACUCACUCACUCAACCACGUGAGCGACUCGUCCAAAAUACGAGUAAACGGCACAGCUCCUCACGCCUUCCUUGUGUCCUUCGUCUCAUCUACCAAACUAUGUCGGGGCAAGCUGGGACGAUGCAUUUCGGCACGAUGCCGGCAUUGCGCCGGCAGUAGUUGCCAGCCAUUCAACCGUAAUAUCUCCAGGUGGCGUGUUGCCCGAAGAUCCUACUGUCCCAAUAUUGAUGGGAAAACACGACGUUGGAAACAAUUUUUGGUUUUCAUUUUCUUGUUCGGCCCGUGUACACAUGUUGCAUGGACCAGACUUCACCGGCGCACCGGAAACUCCUCUUGGGCGUCUCUCCCAACGACCACCAUGCAGCAUCCACCUCACGAAAGCAGAUUGAAGAUCCGUCACACUGACGAAAUCGUGAUGCGAGCGUUGGGAAUGGCAAAAAGCUCUCCCAACUCACGCCGCCAACCGCAUAAGAUUUCCACUCUCACCAACUCUCCCUCCAAACACCUCAUCCAGUAGCUCCAAGCCACGCGCCAAAGCUGGCCCGACUAGUCUGCAACACCUGGACCCGGAUCUUCCGAUCCGUUGUCUUUCCCACUAUGCGGCCCUUCCGGGCUGCUCCCAACGCUUGGGCAAGU